ACGUAAAUGUCAUAUGCGGUGUUUUUUGGGCUAGCUGUGUUUAGAAAUAAAAAGCAGGAUUAAACCAAUAAAGCAUUAGUUUAUAUUUUCCUAAAAUAACCACAAUGGAUGUUCGACCCAACCAAACGAUAUACAUUAAUAAUCUCAAUGAGAAAAUUAAAAAGGAGGAACUGAAGAAAUCACUCUACGCCAUUUUCUCCCAAUUUGGCCAAAUUUUAGAUAUUGUGGCUCUAAAGACAUUAAAAAUGCGCGGACAAGCAUUUGUAAUUUUUAAGGAAAUAGCAAGUGCUUCGAAUGCUUUGAGAACAAUGCAAGGAUUUCCCUUCUAUGACAAACCUAUGCGUAUCGCAUACGCUAAAUCCGAUUCGGAUGUAGUGGCAAAGAUGAAGGGUACAUUCAAGGAAAGACCAAAGAAACUGAAACCACCCAAGCCAGUGGUGCCAGCAGAAGACAAAAAGGAUAAAAAGAAGAAGGCUGCCAAUGCAGAGAAUUCCAAUCCAAAUACACAAAGCGAGCAGCCACCAAAUCAAAUUCUUUUCCUUACCAAUCUACCGGAAGAAACGAAUGAAAUGAUGUUGUCCAUGUUGUUUAAUCAAUUCCCUGGAUUCAAGGAGGUGCGCUUGGUGCCAAAUCGCCAUGACAUUGCAUUCGUUGAAUUUGCCACCGAACUUCAGAGUAAUGCUGCGAAGGAGGCAUUGCAAGGCUUCAAGAUUACACCGUCUCAUGCUAUGAAAAUAACAUUCGCUAAGAAAUAGUUUAAGAAUUAUCGGCCUAUGCUAGAUUUUCGUUUACUUAUAGCAAUUAUGUGUAUGCAUAAUGCAUUUACUCAAUAUUUGCACAGGCACAAUUUUGCCGAGGAGUUCGCGUAUUUUUGUAAUUUAGUAAAAGUUUUUAUAAGACAUUUAAAAUUACUAUAUAUAUGUAUAUGGAAAAUAUACAAAGAAUAUAUAAAUUUCAAAUAAAACAAAGACCACA